ACUUUGAAAAUCAUCACAGAUCACCGUUAAGGUUAAGCAUUUUCCCUCAAACUGAGAAAGAGAGUUGUAGAGAGAGAAAGUAGUAGUAGCUGUAGUUGUGACGCGGCAAUGGCGGAAGGAGAGAGCGUGAAGCUCUUCGUAGGGCAAGUGCCGAAGCCGAUGUCGGAGGUUCAGCUCCUCCAAUUGUUGAGAGAUUUCGCCCUCGUCGACGAGGUCAAACUCAUCAGAGACAAAGAGACGCGCGCUUCCAGAGGAUGUUGUUUCGCCAUAUGCCCUUCUAGAGAGGAAGCAGACAAGGCUGUCAACGCGUGCCAUGAGAAGAUUACGCUGCCUGGGGCAUCUAGGCUGUUGCAAAUGAAGUACGCUGAUGGAGAACUGGAAAGACUAGAGCAUAAAUUGUUCGUUGGUAUGCUUCCAAAAACUGUUUCUGAUGCUGAGGUGUCAGCUCUAUUUUCGGUAUAUGGAACGAUAAAAGACUUGCAAAUUCUCAGGGGGUCUGGUCAAACUAGCAAAGGUUGUGCUUUUUUGAAAUUUGAGACAAAAGAGCAAGCACUCGCGGCGAUAGAGGCACUUAAUGGAAAGCAUAAGAUCGAGGGUUCUUCUAUUCCUUUGGUGGUCAAGUGGGCUGAUACAGAGAAGGAAAGACAGACUCGGAAAGUUCGAAAAGCACUUUUGCAAGCUUCGACUUUGCAAAUAGCUUCUGGACAACAUCAUGCCGUAUAUGGUGCUCUACCAAUGAGUUAUGUGCCUGCAUAUAAUGGCUAUGGUUAUCAGACACCAGGUCCUUAUAAUUUUGUGCGCUAUCGCCUACCUCAGUUGCAGAAUCGACCAACCUUCCCUAAUUUGGUACCAACUACAGACCAAGGACGUUCUAUACGUGGAGCCAUACCUGAUCCUUCAUCCGGAGCUUCACCAAGUAAUUAUGCAGCGCCAUCUGCAAACUACAUAGGUUCUGCUUAUCCAACCACACCAGGGGUUCAUUAUCCCUGGACACAUCCUAGAGCAAUCAUGAAUAAUCAGCAAUUUGGAGCUUCUUCAACUUUGUCACCAUCUAGUUCUGUAGCUGCUUCACGUGUUAGAGCAAGCUCUGCUGUUCACGUUGAAGGUCCUCGCGGAGCUAAUCUAUUUAUCUUCCACAUUCCUCAACAAUAUGGUGAUAUACAGCUUGCAAAUCUGUUUCAGCGUUUUGGUAGGGUACUGAGUGCAAAAGUUUUUGUUGACAAAGCAACGAAUGUCAGCAAGUGUUUUGGAUUUGUUAGUUAUGAUUCACCAGCAGCAGCACAAAACGCAAUUAGUGCAAUGAAUGGCUAUCAGUUAGGUGGUAAAAAAUUGAAGGUUCAACUUAAAAGGGAGAGUAACAAAAAAAAUCUGAACUUUGAGAUUCAACUGCACAAAAAGGUUGGAAAUUUUCUGCCAUGCCUGCAUCGAGCUUCUAAAGCAUCCUGCAAUCACCUGGAGGCUGGAGUAUCAAGAUUUUCACCUUCUGUUGCUUCUAACGUCUCUGGUCCAGUUUUGUAACAGAUGCUUCCUGUUUAUGAUCCAUUAUGAAUAAAGGCUACUAAAUUUCGUCGAUUAUUUCAUAAGACGAUAUUUUUUAAGGUUAGAAACAUUUACCAUGUGAGUCAAAUGUUUGUUUUUGGAUAGAGAGAGAAAGAGGGGUUACAACCAUAUGCAUCUUCACCUUUAACUAGAGUGAGAACAACCUUGUACUCCUAUGUGAUUGAGAUCUUGGUAUCUAAUUUAUGCUUUUAGGCUUUGGGAGGAAA